AUGGCGUCUAAACCCAGUUGUUUGAUAGUUUGUAGCUCUUCACCAGAAGGUGUGUCUGCAUCUUCGUUUAUUCAUGCAUUCACUCUCACAAACUCAACUUUUAAUGUCCAAAUUGUCACACCUCAGGGUCGACAAAUUGAGUUUAUCCGAUCAGAUGAGAGUAGCAAGAGAUGGAUCAAUGACUUUAGAACAAAGACAAUAUCAGUGCCUGGUAAACUGGAAAAUAUUCAAGCCUCUAGGUUCUCUGCCAUGCUUAUUCCGAGUUCUCCUGGCGCUUUAAACGAUUUAGCUGAGAACGAGGUUUUGGCAGCGUUGUUGAACCGUUUCAUUGAACAAAAAAAGCCAAUUUGUGCUGUUGGGUAUGGCGUCGCUGCGUUAUUCGCAGCGAAGAACGAAAACAACAAGUCUUCGUGGAGUUUCAAGAGUUAUUCAUUGACUGCCCCUUCUUUGUUUGAAAUGGUCAAAACGGAGAAUUUUAACACCCUGAACAUAAUUCCUGAAGAUUACAUAAAGGAUCAUGGCGGAACAUACAGUGCCAGCGAAUGUGAUGCCGUUCACGUGGUUAUGGACCGUCAUGUUAUAACGGGGCAGAAUGACCAGUCAACGCUUUGUGCUGUACAAAACCUCAUAUUAUUAUGCAAUGCAAGACAUGGAAAAGCAAAGUCGUGAUACAGUCAUGAUAUGCAAGUUAAAUGCUCGACUAAAACAAAACCUAAAAGUGAACAAUUAGUAACCGCAUUUGGGGAUAGAAACGAAAUCAUGCGAUGUUGAAUUACGUUGAAUCGUCAGAUUUGUAUGCUAUUACAAUUCAAAGCUAUCUUAUUUACACUACAGUUGAUUCGUAUGCAAAGACAAUGCAAGAUAGACUUGAAAGAAAUCUAGUCUAUAUCAAUUACAGCAUGGAUAAUGAAUUUGUUCUUCUAAAGUCUAUUUACUGGGUAUAAACUAGGAAUACAACCAAAACUACAAAUUGAAACGAAAACAAAAAAAUAAAUUGAAAAAGUAUAGAUUAAUUUUAGCAAUAUGUAAAAUAGUAUAUUAUAUGGAUUUUGCAACAAUGCAACUCAUUAAUUUAAAAAUCAUGUAAAUUUAAGUGGAGCAUUGCUAUUCUUGUCUGUUACAAUUUAGCUUUUCUAGGUAACUCUGCCAGAUAAACAAUGUUUGCUGGCAUAUUAUGGUGAUGUUAUUUCAGGUCAAAGCAAGAGAAUCGAGGAGGCAGAGAUUAGGUACUGCCUUUUGCAAAGAAUCAGGUAAAGUGCAACACAAUGCGACAUGCUAGCACUUAUGGCUUGGUAUUUAACUAUAGAGGGCCAAUGUGUCACAAAUAACUAAAGGAGUGUCCACUAUCCAAAUGAAGCAAACAGAAAGAACCGGCCUCGUCAACUCUUGUUUUUGCAUUCAAGAGGAGAGAAUACUUUUGAGGGUAAAAUAAUAUAGCAAAUACACAAUGAAUUUUUUUUACUUUGAUCUUAAGCCCAGUACAGAAGGGCAAGUUUUCCUUGACAAAAGCUAG